CAAAGCAGAACCGUUGUGGAGUACAUUUACCAAAAAUAAUAACGAACAUAAUAAAAUAUACAAUAUUAUGUCGGCAAUCGAAGAGGAUUGUAUUAUAGCGCCAUGGGUUGGACCUACGUGCUAUAAAAAAAGUUUGACUGUAGUAGUUCUUUCUUCAAACGGUGACGUUAUUGAAAAUUUAUCGGAAGCAAUUAUCGACGUUCACACAAAAGGGGAUUACAGAUGGAAGUUAAUAGUGCUACGUUCAUUUAAUUUAGAAGAUAUUGUGAGACAGUCAGAUUUGACUGGAAAAUUAGCUAUAGAUUUUGUUAUUAUUGCUAUCGACACUAGUAGAAUAUUUUGUAUAGAAUGGGCCAGAAAGGUACUUGAACAAGUUCAUCCAGAUCUUAGAAUUCGUCGUGUUGUACUCGUUAAUGCUAGUGGACUUCCUGUUAAUGCAAUGGCCGUCAAUGCAAGUGAAAUUAUUACAUUCUGCUCAGAAAACAGACUCGAAAUGUUGAACGGAAAUGUGUCGAAAUCUGAAGAUGCACAAUUUGUAGCUCAAAGGCUUUUAAAAUAUGUUGAAGUGAGUGUAGGUGUUAAAACUGGUAUUCCGAAUCUAAACAUUUGAUAUUAGCAUUGGAAGGACUUGAAUGAUUAAUUAUGUGAAAAA